AUGGGUUGGGUUUCUCUCUCCCACCGCAACCCUAACCUCAGAUCUGCACUGAAGUCCAUUCUUCCUCUUCAAUCUCAGAUCUGCAAUGAAACUAAAUGUUGUGGAUUUGGCGCAGGUGGUGGGAGCGGUGGGUUUGUUGCAGGUGGUGGUGGUGGUUUCGGCGCAGGUGGUGGGGGUGGUAGAUUCGGCGCAGGUGGUGGGGGCGGUGGGUUUGUUGCAGGUGGUGAUGGUGGUUUCAGCGCAGGUGGUGAGGGUGGUGGAUUCGGCGCAGGUGGUGAGGGCGGUGGAUUCGGCGGCGGGUUCAGGGCUGAUGGUGUGGAUGUCUGGUUUGGUUGUGUAGCAGUUAUUAGUUUUGGUUCGAUGAUUUUCAAUGUUGAGGGUUUAUCAGUUUAG